CUUGGACGCAAGCGGAGUCGUCGGUGGGAGUCGUCGAAACUUCAGCCAGAUAAGCGGAGCAGCUUUUGGGAGCUCAGGAGGUGGAGGAGCUGAAAAAAAAAUGUGUGUACCCCGAAAGAAACAGUGAAAAUUGUGUGUUUCCCAUAGGAACUAGCUUAUGAUUUGGAAAACUAAGAAGUUAUAGAGUCCACCGGAAGUGCAUCCGCAAGUGCAAUCCAUUCAAGCAGCAGCAGCAACCGCACUGGAAAAAGAAAGAAGACCCAACCCAACCCCUAUUUAUGAUUAUCGUCCUGCUGCUGCUGUUCCAAUCGCUCUGCCUCUACUGCCAACGCCUGGUGCUCUACGUCCACGACAGAUGCUUCCCAAAGAACGUGCGCCUGCUGCAGGAGGUGGCCGAGACGGUGGGCGAUCGUAAGGCACACCAGCGCCUGGCGGAGCAGCAGUUGGAGCAACAGAAGCGCAGCCAGAAGCGUCGCAUCCUCGAGCCGGUCCUUCCGUUGGUCGGUGGACUCAACUCUGAGGCUUGUCGCUUUUGUGCGCACAGUCCGCAGGGCUAUUGUCGCCAUCACUUUCAUCUGCAGGAACUGCAGUUGCACAAGCAAAGGGGUUCCGGUGGCGAACAGGACUUUCGACAAAUCCGAAGGAUCAAAAGGGAGCUGAAAAGAAGUCUUGGUCAGCAGCAGCAACAUCUCCAUCCGGUUAGAAGCUAUCGUCCCGUGCGACUUAGCUCCAGCUGGAGCAGCACUUCCCUAAGCAGUGGAUACGGCUCUUUGACGAGCUUUGGAACUGAGGAGCUGGAGGAAGCGUCUGGGGAUCAGGAGGUUCUAGAGGAAAUUCCACUGGAGCUACAUGAGGAAGUUGAGCAGGAGGAUUUGCCACAGGAGGAGAGCCAACAACCCCUGCUAACCACACACUUGUAGACCACCUCUUUUUUUAAAGGA